AUGCUAGAUUCUUCAGGGCCACAGUCAACGUCAAGCCAUGGCUCUGGCUCGGAAGACAGCGUUACGUCGCUGAUGGCUCGCGGCGGUGGCGGCCUCGAAACAGGCGGGAGUACAGAUACCCCAUCAGUGAAGAAGAGCGCACGGAUUCAGGAUGUUUUGCGCUCCGAAUUGGGUACGGCACAAGACGAGAACAGAAAGAGGAAGGGCGUGAGCAUUGGACAAGGCUCACCGGAAAUAAUAGACUCACUGUUGGUGGUUAAUCAGUAUAAGGAACGGUUGGCACGCGAUAUUGCAUGUCGGGAACUCGCCGCUCGGCCCCCCCACUCAGCUGCUGGCAAGAAGCGCGUUUCUCCUAUCCAGGAGAGAUUGCCCCUCUCUCCGUCGUCUGGUUCGGCAUCAAGCUCUGACAUACCUACGGCAUCUAUCGAGUCCAACAAGACUGGACGGGGAGGUAGUACUACGGCCUUCACACCGGGAUUGGCAGGCAGGACGCCCUCAUACUCAUUUCUGCGAAUGGCAACACCCGGUCACGGGCCUUCGGCAUUGCGGGGGACUUUCACUCACGGAACACCAGGUGGCAUUUUCAAUGCCGCCGGUGCUCAAUGCGACAGUGUUAUACAUGAUCAGCUUCGCUCGGACCCUUUCACCCCUGCACCAAUCAUGACCUUUCAACCUCGUGGCUCUUCUCCUUUGAUGGAUCGCGACUUUCCCACACCAAAUUUAUAUGAGUUGGUUUUAAUGCUUGGCGCUGAACCUGGACUGGAUGCUUGGUGGUGCACAGUGGUUCAAAUAAUGAAGGAGCAUUACAGGGCUGAGCGGGUAACGCUUUCAGUAUCGGCUGACGCGACGGAUCUUGAGAGUGUGCCUUGGGCCCAGAAAGCUACUUACAACCCCACGGAAGAGGAUGAAUACAGCAUGGGAUAUAUGGGGAGGAGUAGCAUGUUUCUGAGUAGUAUGGAUGUGUCGGAGACGGCAUCCAAUUUGGACGGGUCCCAAAGGAGCGAUAUGCCGCUGCGACCAGGUACCCAGAGUCACCAUUACUUCACGUCUUACGAGAAUAAGGAGUCAACAGCAGCCCAAUCUACAGAAAGCCCAAGCACCACACCACAGAGACCUACUGCAGUGCCACGGAGUAAUAGCAGCUUCCCAGCUGGCGAGAAACGAGUGCCAAGUUCACCUCGGCCUAGUCUUAAUAAGCAAGCGCUCGAAGAGCACGAUGCCGUUGAACAGCGACAACCCAUUCUAAGUUGGGGGGCACCAGUUGGGUCGCGCCCUAAAGCAAAAGGCCGAGUACUCCCUGUGUUGCAGGAACUGGAACUUGAGGCCGAUCCUCUCAUUGAUCAUAACGGUAUCAAGGGUGUCAUCGAACGCGAUAGAGUCAUUGCCUUGACUCGCAGUUACCCUUAUCUUGAUCCCGCCUUCGACGAGAAAUCCAAAAAGAAGUCAAAUAGGCCCAACCCCACACGAAUCCAUUCAAGCGCGAAGUUAUCGUCCUUUCUGGCCACUGCAACAGACGCGCGGCCACCAAGUCAAAGUACAACGGCAACAGGUGGCGACAGGAUAUCCAAGCGCUCGAAUUUACUCACAGUACUCGAUGACGAAGAACCUCGUCCUCCAACACGAAAAUAUGAGGAGUACAAACAAGCGCCACCAUCCCCCUGGUCGCAGUUCCCGACACAUUCACCUACUGUCCAGGUAGACCCCUCAGAAAUUCCUUUUUUCACGGAUGCGAUGGUGGAUGAAGACUCGUUCAACCCGGGUCGCAGUCCUAUUGAUUACACCAACAGUCAACCUCCCAAAACUAUAGGCGUGGACAAUUCGUGGACUGUUCUUCAUAUCCCAUUCAAACAUAUAUUACUCUCGAAACCAGCUAGAACGUUCAACCUGAAAUCAGCGGCGUUAGCACAGAAGACUGCUUCCCGUGGUCUUGCGGACACGACGGCAGUAUGGGGCUUCUCCGAGCCGCCGUCUCGAUCCGACUUACUCGAAGAUAGUCGUCAUUACCCUAUAGCGAUCUUAUCUAUUUUGAGUCCUCUCAUACCCUAUCCGUCAAACUUACGAUAUUCUCUAGAGCACCUGGCUUCUCAUCUUGCAACAUCGUUCUCGCUACCCGCCACAGCUGGUUUCGGUGCACUUGGCCCUGAUGGGCGCCCCUUGGCGGGUCCUGUUCUAUAUGCACAGAUGAAAUACACGCCAUCAGAACAUCCAUGGCAACAAUCUAUUGCUGGGAGCAUGACAAGCCCCAGUGAGGCAUCCGGUGCAACACGCAGUGCUGCCCAUUCACCCGGAGGGUCGAUCGAGUGGGACCCAAACUCCUUCGGUUUGGCCGUGGAAAACCGGACAAGGAGCAAAAGCCUUGGUAUGGUUGGUGGUGACGGCUACUUCGCCGCUGCCGCUCAGUCAGUAGCUACAAGCCAAGAUGGCACGCCAGACACCGCUGGCUACCGCCCUGGACGAGGCCCUAAGGAAACUCCGCCGUCGCUCAAAAGACCAUGCAGGCAGACGGGCAGUGGACAGAGCAUUCAACCAAGUACACCUGCGGUCAUCGGAUCCAAUAAUGGGCAAAGCAGUCAGAGACAUACGAAGCUGCAUUCAUACGGUGCUGAUUUUGCCACAACCUUCCAGUCCUUACCGUCAGGUACCUGGGUCAAUCAAACACCGGCGCGGGAAGACAAAGUCAGCAUGUUGCCUCCCUCAGAUAGGUUGAAGGGUCUCAUGUUGGACUCCUUACCGGCUCAUGUCUUUGUGGCCUGGCCAACCACGGGAGAAAUAAUGUGGGUCAACGGCAGGUACCUGUCAUAUCGAG